AUGUUGCGCGUCAUAGUGGAGCGGGAUAUCCCCAUGUCAGUGACACUGCCCAUCGAGGUGCAGCCCGACCCAGCAAACCAACCCUUCCCUUUCCUGGACACCACACUUGCUGAUCUGGGCAUCCAAGAGUCAGAGGUGAAGGAGAGGGUGGUUUGGGUUGACACCAAGAAGACACAGGUGAAAAACAAAGCAGGGAAGCUGAAGGAGAAAGAGAUCACUAUCCUAGAGGUACGCGUGAAAGCCCAGAAGCCAGGAGACAAACAGCUCCAGGAGGUCCUGUACAGCACUGAGGCCCACACUGACCGCUCCUUCUGCCGCACUGGAAUGGAUAUCCUGCCCUGGAAACAGACGUGUGCAGGGGAAAAUGGACUGACACCCAUGCAGAUGACUAUGGCGCUGGACACUGAAAACAAGCUGCCGGGCUUUACUCAGGCUCAGGGACAACGGGAGAUCUGA